GAUAAGUAACACUGACUAAUUGUCCCGGUCCAGCCGCAGAGAGCCACACCGGCUCACAGGAACAGACUGUGGCUUCUGAGACAAACAGCGCUGGAGCAGCGCCGUGUGUGAGAUGCUGAGGCUCAGAUGCGAUGAAGAGAGCUGUUGGAUGUUCUUCGCCAAGACAUGGACUUUAACUGAAGGAUGGGAUUUGAUUAUACUUUAGCUUCCUGCUCAGCGUCAACAUGAAUCUGCACGCCUUCGCGCCCCUCCCACCCAGACCCCCGGCCUAUGCACCGAUGGGAUACCAGGGCAGAAAUUUCAGCCUGCAGCCUCCCGGACAAACACAGAAGCCGUACUUUGACAGUGCCUUUCACCGAGCAGCACAGAAGUCCUCCACAUCCGCAAUAAAAAGAAGAAGUUGUCUACACGUCGAUAUUGCAUGGAGGAUUUAUUACCACAAACUAAAGAAAAUGCAUCAGAAAUCCCACAGUCUUCCUCAGGAGACGGUGAUGAAAUUUCCAGUCGCAAACCUGCUAGACUCAGAACAGUCUAAAGAACCCCAGCCCUCCUGCAGACGGCCAUAUUUAGACUCUGCGUUUAGAAGCACAACAGGAAGAGAAAAAGCAAUAAAUGCCGGCCAUAACCCGAGUGAUCAACCAGAACCUCACCCAUCAUCUAUACCUGCUUUCCACCCGAAUGAGAAAGCAGAUCUGGAGAGACCCAAGAGCUGCCAAACUAACCCGACGAGCGGCUCCCUCGACAGGAAGCGGCACCUGGAGGGCCGCAGCUCCGGCGGCGUGAAGAGGCUGACGCGGGAAACGGAAGACGAGCGGCUUGACCCGUCUUUAUUCACCGCACCUUGUACAGACCCUUCCACACGCAGGAUGCAGGCGCAGCCAACGAGCAUCAGCAGGCUGUACGCGUCCUGUUGUUGCAGAUGCGUCUCUUUCCCGGGUGCAGAGCUGCGUCCCUACCAAACUGCAUCAUGGGAGCAAAGGUGGAGCCACAGAGUGGAUGUCCAUCUGGGGCAGAAAGUCUUCAAAGAGUAUAUCUGUGAGCGGUUUCCGCCUACGUUGGCACCCCAUGUUUAUUCUUCUCCGGACUCUGUUUACCUUCCAGACCAGAACACGCUCCCGUCAUUUCUGUCCCUGCUGUAGAGCAUAACUCUCAUUCUGGCUUUUUUUUUCCUCUGGACUUUUAAAAACCUGAGAGCCGAUCGUUUCUACAACAGAGAAUGCUUAUAAUCCUUAAUCUGCUCUGUAAACGUUUUGAUGACAAAUGUCAUUCCUCUAAAAACCAGGUUUCUACAAAGGUAUAUUAAGGCAAUAGAGAGCCAAAAAAACUCACUUUUUUUUU